AUGCCGUCUUCUGCUCCUCUGCGCGCCGCAGAAGUUGCCGCCCUCGACGAUGAAGCGCUCGAUCGAUACCUCGACGAAAACCGCCUGCCUGACGGCACAAGAGCUGUCCCGGUGGACGACUGGGAGAACAUCCCGAGCCAUUUGUUGCAGAGACUGAGAGAUCGUGCACUCGGCUCCGGCGGCGCUACCGUCUCCAUCGACCCCGACGAACUCACCAAGCGCCUACUUCAAGCAUCGCCCGCCACGCAAUCGUCACCACCUGGUUCGUGGCCUGUGGAGAGAUCUCCCACUCCGCUUAGUCUGGGCCCUAUAUACUACGAAACUGCGGAUUACCAUGAACUUGUCGCCAAAGGCGGGCAGCCCUUGUACCCCAUCCAUUUCAUUGGGGAGAUUUCCCGACAUCCCGAACAGCACCUCGACCUGCUGCGACCUUGGUUGGAGUGUCCCAACUCCAAAUAUCCACCCAACUGGACCACAAUAUUUAACAGGCAACUAGACAGAUGGCAGAACUUCCGCAACUGGCAGCUGGACAACAGAGGCCUUACCGAUCCAAUCGAUGACUACUCUUACUUUAUCGAGAUGCAGGCGCGAGAGUACGAGCGCGAUGGAGAAAAAAAUCUGCUGGCCGAACUCAGAGCCGAUCCCGAGUCGUUGAGGCCGGAAUGGCAACUGACGCUACGUCGACGUGACCGGCAGCGGCGCACAAAACGUGAGAUUCGCGGCCAUGGCAGCUUCCCGGAGUAUGCCGAGGCAGCCAAGCGCCGCUUGGCACAUCACGGCUUCACCCAACCCUUUGAGCUCAUGGCCGACCCCACCGAACAAGACCGGCUGACAACCUGGAUUGAGUACCUCGAAUUCGAGUGCUGGUGGCAUGAUCUAUACGUGCGUUCAAGCGAGCGUCUGCAAUCGAUAUCUGACGCAGCUUGGACGAAGCUGGUAGAUUCGGGAGUGUUGCGGCCAUCCGAGACGGCCGAGUACCUACGGGGGGAUGAAGCGAGAAUGGCGCGGCAGCGCGAAUGGGAGCGGGCGGAGCAGGCCCUAAAAGAAGCAAAAUCGAGCGCAGAAGGGCCCUCUAUACCAGGACGCGGCCCGAAGGCGUCACCUCGAAAGCCCUUGCCAAUCGCGCCUCACAAGAGGCUGAUGGCAGCAGAGGCAUUGCUCAAGUCAGUUCGGGCCCGGAACGAGUGCAUCUUGGACUUUCUUGGAGAGACAUGGGAUUACGAUGACACAAAGAAAAAGGCAGAGUGCCAUAGAAGCUUGGUGCAAUGGGUCAUGGAUCAAGUGCCCUUGAUCGAGGCCAGCCAGGCCUCCGACGACGCACCUCGGAAACGUGGCCGACAAGAUGACGAGGAGGAGGAUGGGCGCCUCAAGAGGCAGAGGACGGAGGCAUCGGCGCCGCGUACGAACCAGGAAGAGAAAGAGUCGGACGUGUCGGCGUCAAGAUGA